GAAUCACUGAGCAUUCGAAUCGAAAUAGGCGGUUCACUGACUUUCAUACAUAUUUGUUUUGUCAGCGUCGGAUUCUGUUUGAUAUGGAUGGUAAGUGAAAUGCUGAAAAGGGACUUCGGAACUCAAGCCACGCGGAAUGAACGGGAUAGUACCGAUAAGGCUCAAGAGAAACGGACAUCGAAGUCAGUCAAACCGCCAGCCAAUAAAGCUCAACAGACAAGCAACGUUUCUUCAAACAUUCCAAAUUUUCGUAGCCCCUAUGAAAACAGCCCCUCGGGACUUGAUGAGUCGUUUAGUGAUAUCGAUACAAAUAUCGACUUCGAUGACCUUUUGCCGGAAAUUGGCGAAUUCGGAUGCUUUCAAAAGAUCUUGUUCAGCUUAAUGAUACCAUUUUGCUAUAUAUCCGCCUAUGUGUAUCUGAGUCAGAUCUUUAUGACCCUGCCGGCCGAGCAUUAUUAUUGCUUCGUGCAUGAGCUGAAGCUCAUUAAAAGCGAGGAGGAACGCAAACAGCUGUCCAUACCCAAGCUGAAAGACGGCAGCUACAGUCGCUGUGAAAUGUACGACACCAACUAUACGGCCGUCUAUCAUGCCACAAAUCGCAGCCAAUAUAUAAACAGCUCGCUGCCAAGAAUACCCUGCCGGGAUGGUUAUGUCUUCAGUCAAAACGAGCAGUUUUUCACAGCUAACAUCGAAUUCGGCUGGGUUUGCAAGAAUGACUUCUAUGCCACUUAUGCCCAAAUGAUUUUCUUUCUCGGCUCAGUUGUGGGCUGCUUGGGCUACGGACAUUUUGCGGACCAUUGCGGGCGUUUGGCUGCAUUGGUCAGCAGCUCCUCUCUGGCAUUUUUCGGCAGCCUCUUUACAGGGAUGACCAAGAGCUUUUGGAGCUUUGCUUUCACACGUCUGGUCGUGGGUGCCUCCUUUGAUACUUGUUUCACCAUGAUCUAUAUACUGAUGCUCGAAUAUGUGGGUCCCAAGUAUCGAACAUUCGUGGCCAAUAUGUCGCUGGCCAUGUUCUACUCGCCGUUCACAAUGGUCAUACCCUGGAUAGCCAUAUAUCUGCACAGUUGGCGUUCGUUGGCGCUAUAUGGCAGCAUACCGCUGGCCUUCGGAUUAUUUUCAUACUGUUGUCUGCCUGAGUCGGCGCGUUGGCUGGUCUCGAGGGGCAAGAUCGAUGACGCCAUUAAUAUACUAAAGAAAGUGGCAGCUAGGAAUAAGCGCGUGGUCUCAAAAAACUAUUGGAAGCGAUUCCGCGAGAGCUGCGAACUGUUCUACAAGGAGGAAUUUGAGGGUCGCAACUUUACCGUCUGUUCGAUCUUCAAGCGUCGCCGUCUGGCACGCUACAUGGUAUUCAUGUGCCUGAUCUGGAUGAUAAUGUCAUUGUUAUACGAUGGCCAUGUUCGUGCUGCCUCAGUUCUGGACAAAGAGAAUGUGGCCGUGGUCUUUACCAUAGCCUGCGCCACAGAGCUGCCCGGCGACCUGCUCGUCAUCGUCACACUGGAUCGCUUCGGACGUCGCUGGUGCGCCUUCACCUUUACCAUGUUGAGCGGGUUGUUUAGUCUACUGGGCGCCAAUCUAACUAAUGCCACUUCUACUCUAGUGGCUGCUUUGGCAGGUCGCUUCUUUGCCAACGUCUGCUACAACAUUGGAUUGCAGUGGGCCGCCGAGGUGCUGCCGACGGUGGUACGAGCACAGGGGAUAUCACUUAUACAUACCUUGGGAUUUGCUGCCAUGUUGCUUUCUCCGCCGGUUAUCUAUCUGUCCAAUCUAUCUCUCGCACUGAUGCUGAACACUUUGGGCGCUUUGGGUAUUUUGGGUGGUUUCAUUUGCUUAUUCCUGCCAGAGACACUGAAUGAAGAUCUCCCGCAAACGCUCAGCGAUGGCAACAACUUUGGCAAGAAUCAGCGUAUGUGGCAUCAACCGUGCUGCGGCCAAGGCAAGAAACGCAUAGUACAUGUCAAGCACACCUGGCACGAGGGUUCCAGCCUGCGCACUCAAUCCCGCGGCGAGUUUCGAUCCAAAAAACUGCAUCGCUUAGCCCUGGUUAAACCACAAAAAUCAAACGCUAACGCCUUUAUUCAAACAUCCCGAGUGCCAUCGGUAAUCAGUCAAAAUACAGAAGUUUUGGAAAGGGUACAAAAUUUACGCCCAGAGGAUUCAGUAAGUAAGCCAAAAUAGUUGGAAAUGAGCAUCGCUCAAUAUCUUUUAUAGUAGUAUAUUUUAGAAAUGUCUUGUACUUAUUAUUAUAUAGAAAAUAUAAUGUAUUUGU